AUGGAGAAGAAGGAGGCUAUCUUGCUUUGUGUAUCACCCACCGUGCUGGCUGCAAGACUUGUAUGUCUCCGGACACUACCUUCUAGGGUUUUCCAGCCCACUUUCAUCACCAAGACCUCUCCGCUUGUGAAGAAUUCCAUCACGAAGAACCACUGGCUCGUAACGCCCAGCUGGGAAUGUGCUACCAAGACAAGACUUAGGGCCCACCGUGGGAAAACAGGACAAGAACUGAAGGAGGUAGCUUUGGAACCAUCAAUGGAAAAAGUCUUUAAAAUUGAUCAAAUGGGAAGGUGGUUUGUUGCUGGAGGAUCAGCUGUUGGUCUUGGCGUGCUGUGCUACCAUGGCUUGGGAACGUCUAAUGAGAUUGGAGCUAUGGAAAAGGCUGUAAUUUGGCCUCAGUAUGUGAAGGAUAGAAUUCAUUGUACUUCGCUGUACUUAGCAGGGAGUAUUAGUUUAACAGCAUUGUCUGCCUUGGCAGUAGCCAGAACAUCUGCUCUCAUGGACUUCAUGAUGAGAGGCUCUUGGGUGACAAUUGGUGCAACCUUUGCAGCCACAAUUGGAGCUGGAAUGCUGGUGCAGUCCAUACCGUAUGAGCGGAGCCUGGACACAAAGCAUUGGGCUUGGAUGCUGCAUUCUAGUGUGAUGGGUGCAGUGGUGGCUCCUCUGACUAUCUUAGGGGGACCUCUUCUUCUGAAAGCUGCAUGUUACACUGCUAGUAUUAUGGGAGGUCUCUCUACCGUGGCCAUGUGUGCACCCAGUGAGAAGUUUCUGAACAUGGGAGCACCCCUGGGAGUGGGCUUGGGUCUUGUUUUUGUGUCUUCACUGGGGUCUAUGUUUCUUCUCCCUACCUUGGUAGCUGGUGCCACUCUGUACUCAGUGGCAAUGUCUGGUGGAUUAAUUCUUUUCAGCACAUUCCUUCUGUAUGAUACUCAGAAAGUAAUCAAACAUGCAGAAAUAACACCAAUGUAUGGAGUUCAAAAGUAUAAUCCCAUCAAUUUGAUGUGGAGAAUCUUCAUGGAUACAUUAAAUAUAUUUAUGUGCGUUGCAACUAUGCUAGCAACUGGAAACAACAGAAAGAAAUGA